AUGACGACAAACGGGUUGGCUCCGUCUCCUUCUCCUGCCCCAGCUAAUAAGCUGUUGGGUAAGGUUCAAAAUGCAGACUCGCCCUCACGACAUCCUUCACCUCAACCUACCCACUUCUCAGUACCCCUGGGAAGUCUUGGCACCAAUGGACACAGGGUUCUACGCUCUGCCACGGUAGGAUAUAUCGCACCAGAGUUUAAGGGACGUGAUGAGCAAAUAAAACAAGUUAAGGAAAAGAUCCUUAAGCAAGGUUGGAUCCCAGAAUCACAUCUUGACGAACAAGUCUCAUGGUUCUACAAUGAACUUGGUAUCGACGAUGUCUACUUCCAGAUGGAGAAUGUUGAAGUCAUCGCGACUCACAUUACCUCCAUGUAUGCUGCCAAGGUUGCCGCAUACGCUCGUGUAGACAAACGUGAAGAGAUCCGUUUGGAUAUGGAAGCCACCGACCACGCCAUCUAUAUCGAUACUAGUGUUCCCGGUCAGAGUUCGUUACAUGGUCCACGAUUCGAAAACAGGCUUGAAGCCAAAUACCUGGACAAUGCCGACCCCAACAAGCGCUUCCGUGUCGAGACAUUCCGAUCUCCUGGUACCAUCUCCAACGACCCCUCUUCUAAGGCCUCUCUGCGAUGCUAUUUCGUAUACCAAUGUCAAUUCGUGGACCCGAACCCCGAGCCGGGCGAGACGCGUCUAGAAAUCAUCAGCGAUCGGAUGUUCUUGACUAAAGCGACUAAAAAUACCAAGCAAAUUUACGACGACAUUAUCAAACUUGCCGUUUCUAGGACCGGACCUGUCAUCGAAGUAUUCGAUAUCGAGGGCACUGAAGAGAAGCGUCUCGUCAUGGCUUUCCGUUCUCGUACCGCCCGGGGUAUCUUCAGCGCUAUGAGCGACCUUUACCACUACUAUGGUGUAACUAGCACCAGGAAGUACGUGGAACAAUUCUCUAACGGUAUCACGGUCAUGAGUAUUUACUUGAAGCCGGCCACAAAUCUUGACUCCAAGCCUAUGCCGAUUGAACAAUCAAUCCAUCAGAUCACCAAAGAGAUUUCUCUCCUUUACUGCAUACCCCAGAACAAGCUUCACUCCCUAUUUGCGUCGGGCGCACUAAGCUUGCAAGAGACCGUAUAUGGCCACUGUGUCUGGGUAUUCGUUCAACACUUCCUCAACCGUCUUGGUACAGAAUACGUGUCAAUUAAGCAGGCCUUAGAUCCGAAAAACCCGGCACAUGUGGAAAUCCUUUCCAAAUUGAAGCGUCGUCUUCGUACCGAAACCUUUACGCCAGAUUACAUCCUUGAGAUCAUUUCUUCAUACCCCAACUUGGUCCGGACGCUGUAUGCCGCAUUCGCAAGUGUCCAUCUGAGUGUCGGUCCCGGCUUUGAGAAAAGCAUCAUUGCACCGACUCCCUCCGUCGAAGUCUUAUCCGAUGCCCGCCUUAAGCAGGAAAUUACCCGAGAAGUGUCUAAUGAACACGAAGAAAUGGUAAUGACGGCUUUCCGCAUUUUCAACAAUGCCAUCAUGAAGACCAACUACUUCACACCCACAAAAGUGGCUCUCAGCUUUCGAUUGGACCCGACAUUCCUGCCUGAGGUUGAGUAUCCCAGGCCGUUAUACGGCAUGUUCCUCGUGAUUAGUGCUGAAGCCCGUGGUUUUCACCUUCGCUUCAAGGAUGUUGCUCGAGGCGGAAUCCGUAUUGUCAAAUCCCGUAGCAAGGAGGCGUACGGUAUAAAUGCACGAAACCUCUUCGAUGAGAACUAUGCACUUGCGAGCACUCAACAGCGCAAGAACAAGGAUAUCCCCGAAGGUGGCUCAAAGGGUGUGAUACUCCUUGAUGCCAAGCAGCAGGAUCGUGCGCGGGAAGCAUUCGAGAAGUAUAUUGAUAGUAUCUUGGAUCUUCUACUUCCCGCCGAAACUCCUGGUAUCAAGAACCCUAUUGUGGAUCUUUACCGCAAGGAAGAAAUUCUUUUCUUGGGUCCGGAUGAGAACACUGCCGACCUUGUUGAUUGGGCUACGGAACAUGCGCGCUUCCGUGGUGCACCAUGGUGGAAGUCGUUCUUCACUGGCAAGUCGCCUAAGCUCGGUGGUAUCCCCCACGACGAAUAUGGUAUGACGACAUUAUCCGUCCGUGAAUACGUCAAGGGUAUCUACCGGAAGAUGAACCUAGACCCAUCCCAAGUGAGGAAGAUGCAGACUGGAGGCCCUGAUGGUGACUUGGGAAGUAACGAGAUUCUUCUCAGUAAUGAGAAGUACACGGCUAUCGUUGAUGGAUCUGGUGUACUCGUUGACCCCAACGGUAUUGACAAGGAAGAACUCAUUCGAUUAGCCAAGAAGCGUGUUAUGAUUUCGCAAUUUGAUCUCUCCAAGCUAUCCAAGGAUGGAUUCAGAGUCUUAUGCGACGAUAGCAACAUUACCUUACCGACUGGUGAGGUCGUCCCUAACGGUACACCCUUCCGCAACUUCUACCAUCUCAGAGAUUCUGGCUUAACCGACUGCUUCGUCCCGUGUGGUGGUCGUCCCGAGUCCAUUGACCUUUCUACCGUGUCCAAAUUGAUUAAAGACGGCAGGACAACUAUCCCCUACAUUGUUGAGGGAGCCAACUUAUUCAUUACUCAAGAUGCGAAAUUGCGUCUGGAGAAGGCUGGCUGCAUCCUCUUCAAGGACGCCUCUGCCAACAAGGGUGGUGUGACGUCAUCAUCACUUGAAGUCCUCGCUUCCCUCAGCUUUGAUGAUGAGGGUUUCGUUGAGAACAUGUGCCAUAACUCUAAGGGAGAAGCACCUGAGUUCUACAAGGCAUACGUCAAACAAGUACAGGCCACAAUCUGCGAAAACGCCCGCCUAGAAUUUGAGGCGAUCUGGCGAGAACACGAACAAACUGGUGUACCAAGGUCCGUGCUUUCCGACACGCUUUCUCUAGCCAUCACCACACUAGAUGAGGAGCUACAAAAAUCGGAUCUCUGGGAGAAUCCUAAGAUCCGAAGAUCUGUUCUUGCAGAUGCUCUACCCAAGUUGCUUAUCGACAAGAUUGGUCUAGACACUAUUAUCAGCCGUGUACCCGACUCGUAUCUUCGUGCAAUUUUCGGAAGUUAUCUCGCUUCCCGCUUCGUAUAUGAAUUUGGCAGCAGCCCUAGCCAAUUUGCAUUCUAUGAUUUGUAA